CGGUUCCCUGAAAAUGGCGGCGUCGGGUGCCGGGUCUCCGGGCCGGCUCGUGCAGUACGUCGUGGUCCGCUCGGAUCUGGUCCACAAACUAUCGUGGCCCCUGGGAGCCGUGAUAACCCAGGCGUGCCAUGCGGCCACCGCCGCCAUCCACCUGCACUACGCGGACCCGGACACGCAGCGCUACCUGGCGGAGCUGGACUCCAUGCACAAAGUGGUGCUUGGGGCUCCAGAUGAGGCUGCGCUCUCGGGUCUGUCAGAGAGUCUGACUCAGGCCGGUGUUUCCCACAAGCUUUGGGUCGAGCAGCCAGAGAACUUCCCCACGUGUCUGGCGCUGAAGCCGUAUCCUAAAGAGACUGUGCAGCCUCUGCUGCGCAAGUUCAAACUCUUCAAAUGACGACAACAAGUGGACACUUCAUCGCUCUUUGACUGUAACACAUUAUCAGCGGAAAUGAAUAUCAGAAGCUGCUCCUCGUCGGUCUCUGUCUUUGUCUGUGCGUCAAAACAGCCGUCACUCGCCAGAUUAAAGCAAGGAAAUGCUGUA